AUUUUUCUUUUGGUUGAUUCGUUUUGAAAAGAACGCUAUCAAUUUUUUGCAGCUUGCUACAUACAGCGCUUCGAAAAUAUCUUUGUGAUUUUGUGGAAUAUCUCUGUAAAUACGUUGACCCAUCAGUGAAAAGCUUAGCGCCCGUGAAUAUUCUAGCGCUCGAAUAAAACCAAAGGAAGUGCAACACGGUUGCGCGGCGAAGAGUAAACAAACGCCCUCUCGUUUGGCAAAACCUGUAGAAUUGCUCCGAUGAUGGUCCCUAUAGGUGGUCCUGUUGGUCACGGUGGUCAUCCGAUUCACAUACCGACACCGAUUCAGAAUGCUCCCCCACCAUCACAGAGCCAACAUGCUCCUUCCAGCCAAAACAGACAGUCACUGUCGGUAAAACCUAACUAUACCCUGAAGUUUACGUUAGCCGGACACACCAAAGCAGUUUCAGCGGUAAAGUUCAGUCCUAACGGAGAAUGGUUGGCGAGCUCUUCUGCUGACAAGCUUAUAAAAAUCUGGGGUGCUUACGAUGGUAAAUUUGAGAAAACCAUUUCCGGUCACAAGUUGGGAAUUAGCGACGUGGCCUGGUCCAGUGACAGCCGGCUCUUGGUGACGGCUAGUGACGACAAGACGCUGAAAAUUUGGGAACUCAGUUCUGGAAAAUGUUUGAAGACAUUGAAGGGACACACCAACUAUGUGUUCUGUUGUAACUUUAACCCGCAGAGCAAUCUGAUCGUUUCGGGUUCGUUCGAUGAGUCUGUCCGGAUUUGGGACGUCCGGACGGGGAAAUGUUUGAAGACACUGCCGGCCCAUUCGGAUCCGGUAUCGGCCGUACAUUUCAAUCGAGACGGAUCGCUGAUUGUGUCCUCCAGCUACGAUGGAUUGUGUCGUAUUUGGGAUACCGCCAGCGGACAGUGUCUGAAGACGCUCAUCGACGACGACAAUCCACCGGUGUCGUUUGUGAAGUUUUCUCCGAAUGGAAAGUACAUUUUGGCGGCAACGUUGGAUAACACACUGAAGCUGUGGGACUACUCCAAGGGUAAAUGUCUUAAAACCUACACCGGCCACAAGAACGAGAAAUACUGCAUUUUUGCCAAUUUUUCCGUUACUGGAGGAAAGUGGAUUGUUUCCGGUAGCGAAGAUAACAUGGUCUACAUUUGGAAUCUGCAGAGCAAAGAGAUCGUCCAGUGUCUGCAGGGUCACACCGAUACGGUUCUGUGUACGGCCUGCCAUCCAACGGAGAACAUCAUCGCAUCGGCUGCUCUCGAAAGUGACAAGACGAUAAAAUUGUGGAAGAGUGACACAUAAAAUUGGGCCCGCAGGCAGUUGGGUGACCAUCGGCCAUGAAUCCUAGCAUCCUGCUGGCGCAAAAAAAAAUCUGAUUCCCCCCUUUCAUCUAUCUACCUACUACUAUUACUACUACUGCUGCUACAACUCUUAAUGCGAACACAACGUAGAAGAAUAAGUUUUGCACCUUUCGACUCAUUCGCCAAUGUCCCAUCGAAGGGUGGAAUGGAAUGAAAUGAUUUGACUAUAUGUAAGUGAAAUAUACUCCAUUAACUCAUGUAA